AUGGACGGAGUGGGAUCGUUUGGAGCGGGCCGAACCGGGUCCACCAUUGACCCCUUAGCCUUCGCCAAACAACCAACUACCAUCCUCAGAGUGCUGACUUGGAUAUUUUCCUUGGUGGUGUUUGCGUCUAUUAUGAAUGAAGGCUAUGUUAACUUGGGUAGUGAGCGUCUUCACUGUGUCUUCAAUAAAAAUGCAGACGCUUGUAACUACGGAGUGUUUGUGGGCCUGGUCGGUUUACUGGCGAGUUCCUUCUUCUUCCUCGUUGAUUACAAGUUUGCCUCCAUCAGUUCUGUCAAAGACAGGAAAAAGGCUAUAAUGCUGGAGAUUGGCUUUUCAGGUUUUUGGACCUUCUUGUACUUUGUAAGUUUCUGCUUUCUGGCCAAUCAGUGGUCUCGAACUACACCUGAUAUGCUGCCACUAAACCAAGGAGCAGAUGCUGCCAGAGCUGCCAUUGCAUUCUCUUUUUUCUCAAUUAUCACAUGGGCUGGUCUCGCAGUUCGUGCGGUGCAGAAAUACCUUCUGGGUACAGACAUGACCCUUUUCACCACAGAGCACAUGGAUGGAGGUGCACCAUCCCAGCCGUACCCCUCUAACUCACCAGGAGGGGGCACUACUGAGACCACAGAGACGUACCAGAGCCCCCCUUUCAGUGAGAACAAUGCAGCACCUACAUACCAGGUGCCAAUUUACUAA